UCUCUGUUGCCAGGCACACAAUAGCAGGGCUGCUGUCCGCAUUUGGCCUCCUGGUUGGAGCGAUGACAUUAUGGGAAGGAAGCCGCUAGUGGCUUGCGGAGGUUGCAGAUCACGGAAGGGGUGGCUUAGUGGCUGGAGUGAGAGGAGGGGAGUGCUUCUCCGCCUGAAUGAAAGCAGCACCGUGCCAGCCGCUGUCUCCUCGGUGUGAUGCUGCACAGAGCCAUGGAGACACGGGGCUUGGUCACCGCUGUCAGCCUGGCUCUGAGCCUCUGCUCUCUGGUCCUGCUGGUCACAGCCAUCUUCACCGAUCACUGGUAUGAGACGGACACCCGCCGGCACAAGGAGAUCUGCGAGAGUCAGGGUAACUUAGACCCUACAGACCAGAAGAACAGACUCAUGCCCCUGUACCAGCUGCCCUUCCGGGGGGACGCGUCCAAAUCCCGAAGGAUGGGUCUCUUGUCACCAGCACCGGCUGGCGGGGUCCGAGAACCGGAGGAUCUGCUGGAAAACUGGAGGUAUUUGUUGGGACUGGGGGUGCUGGAGUCAGACUGCGGGCGCCCCCUCUUCUCCACCUACUCGGGACUGUGGAGGAAGUGCUACAUUAUGGGCAUCGACAAGGACAUAGACAACCUCAUCCAGAAAGGAAUUGCCCAGAAAUGCACAGCCAUCAAGUAUCACUUCUCUCAACCCAUUCGCCUGAGGAAUAUUCCAUUUAACUGGACCAGGAUUAUUCAACAAGAUGAGUGGCAUCUUUUACAUUUACGAAGAAUAACAGCAGGAUUCCUGGGAAUGGCAGCCGCCGUCCUCCUAUGUGGAUGCAUAGUGGCUGCAGUAAGCUUCUUCUGGGAGGAGAGCCUGACACAGCAUGUUUCUGGACUUCUUUUUCUCAUGACAGGAAUAUUUUGUACAAUAUCUUUGUGUACUUAUGCAGCAAGUGUCUCUUAUGAUCUGAAUCGCCUGCCAAAAUCAAUUUAUGGGCUUCCAAGUGACGUGGAGCAUGGAUACAACUGGUCUUUGUUUUGUGCUUGGUGCAGUCUGGGCUUGAUCGUAGCAGCCGGGUGUCUGUGCACCGCAUAUCCAUUUAUCAGCAGGACCAAGAUCUUACAUUUAAAAUUUGCCAGAGACUCUUGUGUAUGACUGAAAGGUGCAGGGUAAAGGACUCUACCAUCUCUAAAGCGUCCCAUGCACUACAAACCUGACUUCAAGUGCAUCUACAUAGAGACUACAAAUAUAUGUUUGAAGCACAAAAUCCUGUAUGCCUACAAAGUGGAUGAAUGGAAACAAAUUUUCCCAUUAUGUACAGAGGAUUUUGUUAAUUGACAAACGGCCUUCCAUUUACCACUGUUGGACCUGUCCCUGUGUUUUCCAGGUCUCUGUAUAUUCCUCACCAAAUCAACUGAAGGAAUUCUAGAUGAAUGGAGAGUGAAUGAAUAACGAUAACAAGUGAGAGAAGAAAUUCAAUAUUCUUAAUGAAGAAAAAAACAAACAGGACCUUCCAUAGCAUGGAAAUACUGUGCAAUCAAGUGCUUUAAGAAAUCAUCUUUUAUGCAAUAUGUUUGUGUGUCUUCAAGUGAAUUGUCAGUCUAGAAAGGAAACAAUUAAGACCCUCUGGGCCCCUAGGCAUUCAUACCAUCUAGGUAAAGUAUCCUGCCUUCAACUAUGAGUGUGGCAACAUUAUGACAUCAGGGUCCCCCAGCGCUCACUAGUAGGGUACCAGGAAUCUGAAGAGUUCAUUGCCUAGUGUGUCUGAUGGAUAAUCCGGUACAGAAAGAAUUUCCUAUUUAAGAAUGUUGUUCAUCUCUGGUCCUGCUUCAGGUUCUUUCUAUUUUUGCUUGUUGUCAUUUUUACAGCAGAAGAGUACAUAUGCUGUUAAUCCCGUGCUUGAUCAAUCUUACACGUGGUCUGUUUUAAAAUUAACUCCCUGUUCCAAGAUAUUAUUCAUUCUGCAUCUCAUUUCUUGCUGUGAGUUUCUUAAAUAAGUCAUUACCAUUGUGCCAUAAUAUACAAUGCAACAAAUAAAUCUGUAUUUACUUUAUUGGUUUACUUUUUAAGAUGUUUUACAGCAAUGUUGUUGUUUUUUUUUCCUAUUUUACUAUGUAACUGUGCAAGACAUUUGAUCAAACCAAAAUAACACUAUGAUAUAACAUGGCUUUUCACCAUUGGUCCUACAUAAGUAUUAUUGCCGUUAUGACUGCGCAUUGGAUUUGAUGUGCUAAUAAAACAUUUUUUAAAACAUUUUGAAUUUUUUCAAAUGCUAAAUAUAUACUAAA